AUGAGUUCAAUGUGUUGCCAUUUGCUUUACCUCCGAACCAUAUUUAUCCUGGCUGUACCAAUUUUGUUGCAGCUUAAAAUUCUUCUCACGACUGCUGCUACUUGGAGUGGUAAUGAGACAGAUCAUUUGGCACUAUUGGCCUUCAAGUCCAAGAUUGUUCACGAUCCGAAAGGAGUUAUGGAUUCAUGGAACGAUUAUGUCAACUUCUGCAAUUGGGAAGGGGUUACAUGUGGCAAGCGGCACCGGCGAGUCACCAUCUUGGACUUGCAGGCGAGAAGGUUAGUGGGAUUCAUAUCUCCUUAUAUAGGAAACUUGAGCUUCCUUCGAGUUUUGAGCCUCAAUAACAACACCUUUCAAGGCGAAAUCCCUCCGCAAAUUGGCAAUCUAUUCAGGCUACAGGAACUAUCCUUAUAUAAUAAUUUACUGACAGGUGAAAUCCCAACCAACUUAUCUCACUGCUCCAAUCUUUUGAAAUUCCGAAUUGGUACGAACAAGUUGGUUGGUAAACUACCAGCAGAGCUUAGUUCAUUGUCAAAGCUCAUUCGACUUACAAUGGCAACAAACUAUUUUAGCGGUGAGAUUCCCUCUUUCAUUGGAAAUUUUACGUCCCUUGAGGUUAUAAAUGCCAAUUCCAAUGCUUUCACAGGAACCAUCCCAGAGGCCUUAGGCCAGCUCCAAAAUUUAACUUUCCUUUGGUUGAAUUCCAAUAAACUUUCUGGUAAGAUACCUUCAUCUAUCUUCAACCUUUCAUCCUUAACUGUACUCUCUCUAGGAGGAAACCAACUCUCUGGCAGCAUCCCAUCCGAACUUGGUUCUAUGUUUCCCCAGCUUCAAUAUCUACAGUUCAGUAAUAACCAUCUUGUAGGACCCUUACCUGUAUCAGUGCCCAAUAUUUCAAAUAUAGAGCAUAUUGACCUACAAACUAACUAUUUUAGUGGGAAAAUAUCAAUUGAUUUCAGACUCCUGCCUCGCCUCAAAAUUUUAAACUUAUUUGAAAAUAAUUUGGGGACUGGCGAACCAGACGAAAUGGAUUUUCUUCUAUCAUUGGUCAACUGCACAAAUUUUCAAAUAUUGGACGUUUCAGGUAACCAACUAAAUGGAUCCUUGCCAAAGAGCAUCGGCAACCUCUCAGCCACAAUCUAUUUCUUAAACUUGCAAGGAAACCAUAUACAUGGAGAGAUCCCUUCUGAAAUAAGCCAUCUAACAAGACUAUCUACUCUAUACCUGGGUGAGAAUGAAUUCAAGGGCAGAAUUCCCAACAGUAUUGGUAAACUUCGAAACCUACGGGUACUAUUUCUUAAUUUCAACUGGCUAGAAGGAGAUGUUCCCAAUACAAUAGGAAACCUUUCAUCCUUAAUCCAGUUUCGCUUAGAAGAGAACAGAUUGCAAGGAAAAGUUCCUGUGACCCUCGGAAACUGCCAACGAUUAUUAUUGCUGAAUCUUUCUUUCAAUAACCUGACAGGAGCCAUUCCUAGAGAACUCUUUGGCAUUUUAUCUCUUUCAAUUUCACUCAACUUAGCAGGGAACCAUUUCUCUGGGCACCUACCCUUAGAAGUUGGUAAUUUGAAAAAUUUGGCAGAGCUCGAUGUAUCUCAAAAUGACUUGUUCGGUGAGCUUCCAACCACGCUUGGCAGUUGCAAUAGUCUUGUGGCCCUCCUCUUACAAGGAAACUCCUUUAAAGGAUCUAUACCUUCAUCGUUGCAGUCCCUUAGAGGUCUUUUGAAUUUGGAUCUUUCUAAGAACAACUUGUCUGGUCAAACCCCGAAGUACCUGGCAACAUUCUCUUUAAAUAAUCUGAAUUUAUCUUUCAACGAUUUUGAGGGUGAUGUUCCAAUCGAAGGAGUUUUCUCAAAUGCAACUGGGAUAUCAGUCUCAGGGAAUCCCAGACUUUGUGGAGGCGUACCUGAAUUACACCUGCCAACAUGCACCAUGAAACAAUUGAAGAAACAUCAAACGUCUCUUAAAAUCAUCUUGUUGAUCUCUAUCCCAUCUGUGGCGAUUGUAGCUGUUGUGGUAUCAUCGACAUUACUUUGUUGCUUUAAGAAGAAAAACAAAGAUUUAACUUUUGAUUCGUCAUCGAUGAAGUCAUUCGAUCGAAUAUCAUACGAUAGUUUCUUCAAAGCGACUGAAGGCUUCUCUUCAACAUACUUGAUUGGAACGGGCAGUUUUGGCUCAGUAUACAAAGCAAUACUGGGGGAAACAAUUGUAGCAGUCAAAGUGCUUAACCUUCAACGCAAAGGGGCAUCCAGGAGCUUCAUGGCCGAGUGUGAAGCCUUGCGAAGAAUCCGACAUAGAAAUCUAAUCAAGAUUUUGACUUCUUGUUCAAGUGUUGAUUUUCAAGGCAAUGACUUCAAAGCUAUAGUUUACGAGUUCAUGCCCCGGGGUAGUUUGGAAAUGUGGUUGCAUCCAAAUCCAGAAACAGAAAACCACCAAGACAAUCAAGUCACGGGACUUAAUCUUCUACAAAGAAUAAACAUAGCCAUUGAUGUGGCUUCUGCACUAGAGUAUUUACAUCGCCACUGCCACACACCAGUUAUUCACUGUGAUAUAAAGCCAAGCAACAUUCUUCUCAACGCAGACAUGGUUGCCCAUGUUGGAGAUUUUGGGUUGGCUCGAUUAAUGUCAGAAAUGAAUCCAAAUCAAAGCAGUUCAGUGGGCGUGAGAGGAACCAUUGGCUAUGCCGCUCCAGAGUAUGGGCUUGGAAGUGAGGUCUCAAGAGACGGGGAUGUCUACAGCUUUGGGAUCUUGCUAUUGGAGAUGGUGACAGGUAAAAGGCCAACUGAGUCGAUGUUUGAGGCAGGUCUUAAUCUCCACACGUUUGCAAGGAUGGCCAUACCUGACCAUGUGAUAGACAUUGUGGAUCCGAAACUCAUGUGCAAUGAUGAAGAAGAAGUGGCUGCCUCGACUAGCAACGACAGGAGAAGGGCAGCCACCCGCCUAAGAAAUGGCGGUAACGAAAAUGAUUGCUUGAUUCGUAUGGUCAAGAUUGGAGUGGCAUGUUCCAUGGAGUCACCCCAAGAUAGGUUGGAUGUAAACAAUGUUGUUCGUGAAUUGAAUAUAAUUAGAAAUAUUUUCCAAGGGCUCCAGAAAGGGCCAUAAUGCUUAAGGUUGACCUCCAAUACAUUUUUCACCAACCUAAUUAUAAUGGUC